GCUGAGUGGGAGUGGAAUUUAUGCGUCUUGUACAGAUUGUGCAGGCUUCUCUGUGUUUGUGAAUGACUGGGUCGGACUGUGUGUGAGUGUGUGUGUGUGUGUGUGUGUGUGAGUAUGUUUGUGUGGGGUUAUUGAAGUGGGUCGUACAGGACAACUGGAGGAGCGAAAGCCAAACCUAGCAGAGGAGAGAUGAUCCAAGCUUGCACACCUCAGCACCCAGCAUGAUGCUUUCUCUACAUCCGCCUCCAGUUCAAGCACAAAGCAUCUCAAGGAACAACAGGAUGGGAGGCGACUGAGGCAGCUUCUGCAUACCAUCACUCCACUCCGCCAGCUGUCCAUCAUGCAAGGCUUGGGGCUUUUUCAAGGACCUGCGAGGGAUUUUUAGAUAUUUUUAGUUUUUUUUUUUACAGUGUUAUAUCCUUGCCCCUUCCAGUCGAUACCUGUGUGCUUCAGGUUCGAGCAGACUUCAGAGGACCAGCGGUGUGGGGAGAAUGCAGGACCAUGGAGGAGAGAGACAGGUCGCCGGCAGUCUGCCGCACAGCGUUAAGGCCAGCCUGUCCCUUUCUCCAACUGGGCCAGGACGGGUGGGCAGCGGUGGUGGCUCUCCCACGUCCAAAACGGCCCCCUGCAGUGGAGGGGUGCCCGUGGAGGACAUGCAAGCCCUGGCCAUCACCUCACUCUCUGCAGCUGAUGUAGCCAAACAGUUCGAGCACAUCCGCGAGCUGGGGAAGGGCACCUAUGGCAAGGUGGACCUGGUGGCUCACAGAACGCAGGGUACCAAGAUGGCGCUGAAAUUUGUCACCAAAAACAAGACAAAGCUGAAGAGUUUCCUGCGGGAAUUCAGUCUAACGGGCUCGCUUAGUUCCAGCCCGUUUAUCAUCAAAGUCCUGGACGUGCUUUUCGAGACGGAGGACAGCUAUGUAUUUGGACAAGAGUAUGCCCCCGCUGGGGACCUUUUCGACAUCAUUCCCCCACAGGUGGGCCUGCCAGAGGAAAUGGUGAAACGCUGCAUGCAACAACUUGGUUUGGCCCUGGAUUUCAUGCACAGUAAAAACUUGGUGCACCGCGACGUCAAGCCAGAAAACGUGCUGCUGUUCGACCGUGAGUGUCGCCGCAUCAAGCUGGCCGACUUCGGCAUGACCCGCCGAGUGGGCUCCCGCGUGAAAAGGGUGAGCGGCACCAUUCCCUACACGGCGCCCGAGGUGUGCCGCGCCAGCCGCACCGAGGGCUUCCUGGUCACCACCAGUCUAGACGUGUGGGCUUUCGGCGUGCUGGUCUUCUGUAUGCUGACGGGCAACUUCCCCUGGGAGGCGGCGCUUCCGGCCGACACGUUCUAUGAGGAGUUCAGGCGCUGGCAGAAAGCGGGGUGCCCGGUGGGGACGUACCCGUCGCAGUGGCGCCGCUUCACCGACGACGCCCUGCGCAUGUUCCAGAGGCUCCUCGCUGCCGAGCCAGAAAAGCGUUGCGGGGUCAAAGACGUCUUCUGUUUUGUCAAAUACGAGCUGGUGAGCGAGCUCCGGCGCAGAGCGUCCUACCGGGCCAAGAGAGGCGAAAGGUCGAGCUCGGGGGUGUGCACCGGCAACUGCACCUCGUCAUCUUCUUCCUCCUCGCACGCCACCCACAGACAACCAGAGCCUUCCACGCCUCCUGGAAGCUCCCGCCUUCGCCCGGCACCUCUCAAACGGAGCGUUCUCUCCGAUCCGUUGUCACCCAGAGAGGAGUCUGGACAGCACCAGUCUCCGGGCCGGGACAAGAACAAAAGCCAGAUGGUCAUGGCGACUGCCAUUGAAAUCUGUGUGUGACCACACUUGAUGGCUUUUCACAGGGAAAGCAACGUGUGAAGGGACUCCUGGUAAUGAAAUCUGUGUGGGACCAUACUUGAUGGCCUUCCACAGUAAUGGCGAAGUGUGAAGGGACUCCUGGUAAUAAAGAGAAGCUCCGGAUCAGUCAUCAUCAAGCAGGUUGGACCUGGACUGUCUAUUUUAGGGCCAUGGCCAAAGUAGGAUGAAAAUCUUCUGCAGACUUGGCAGCACAUUCCUGACAAGCGUUUUAUCAGUCGACACAACAUGGUGGUGCUAAGAUCACAUGAGACAUGACCACGACUCCUCCUCACAGGGGUGUCCAAAGUGCGGACCGGGGUCCAAUUUUUUUUCUUCUAUUGCCACUGGACAGAUUGUAAAAUUUAAAAAUUCAAUCAUUGUUAGAUAUGUUCUUAGUAGUGCUGUUACACGAUUUUUACUUAUUUAUUUACAGCACCUUUAAGUUUGGAUUAAUCAUGAUUAAUCACAUGUUUUACCCGUUCAAUGCAUUUUAAUUUAAAAAAGACCACAACAUUUGGACACAAAUGUAUUGUUGCAAUAGAUUAUUAUUCCUCUUCUAUACAUACAUCCAAUCUUUCAGAAGCUCAAGAUUGGAUCGGAUUUCCAUUCUUGGGGUGAUGAUUCGGUUUAGAACCGAGUCUCAAUUCAACACUUAGACUUACUCAAACUUUAUUGAUCCACAAGAGAAAUUGUUCAACACAGUAGCUCAGUUACAAAGGAUUGAAAGGGUAAGGAUGGAAAGGAAAAUGCAGGUAUAAAGUAGACUAAAGAUGUACCAUAGUAGCAAUAUAAAAUAUAACAUAUAUGUAAUAUAUACAUAUUAUAUAUACAGUAUAUAAUAUAUACUGAUAUAUUAUAUUAUUAUAUUAUAUUAUAUUUUUAUAUAAUAUAUACAAUAAAUAACAAAUCCCAAUUACCAUGUACAAUAUUACAGUAUAUGUAACAGCUGUAGCAAAAAAAAAACCACAAUUCUUGAUUCCAACCUAUUCUCGCAAUGUAUUAUUUGGCAUAGUAAUUAUAAUAAAAACUUUUCAAAUGAGGUUACAGGUUACAGAACUUCCUUUUGGUUGCUGACAUAUAAGCACAGCGUAUAAGUAUUUUUUAAAAUUGAGUCUUUAAAAAAAAAAAAUUCAAAUCGAUUUUUGAAAAUUUUGAAUCGAUUUGGAAUCAGAAUAAAUAAAGUGUUACACUUUAGUAAGGGGACAUAUUCUAAGUAACAAAGACUUAAUAUAGAGUUAUUUGGACACUAGGGGAACAUAUUCUAAGUAACAAA